UUACGAUAUUUUUGUAUUGUUGUUCUACUCUAAAAACUUUUGUUUAUUCUUAAAAACGUAGAUGGUCUAAAAGUGUUUCAACGUUUCAUUUUAAGGCUGAUGAUAACAAUUUACAUUUAUGUUAAAUCUUAAUAAAGAACUACGUUUGUUUGAAGAGGGGGAAAAAAGGACAAGCAUCUCGUUUCUUUUAAAACAAAUUUACGCGUAUAUUUAAUAUGAUUUCAAAGUUACGUAAUUUAUUUUCCAAUGUAUUUGAGAUCAUCAGGUUUCAGUACCACAAGUCUGGACAGCGACAUCACUGUCUGUUGUUUAUCUCUGAAUGCGUGACAUUUUUAGUUCCUUUCCAAAUUAUAUAGAUGUAUGUAAAAGAUUAUUUUACAAAAACAGGCGUUGACAAACAUCAGACUUCACUUAGUUGAUCGCUGCUUUAUUUUAAUUAAAUACUAGAAAGAUGCAAUUAACAGAAAAAAAACUCACAGUGUCGCUAUUCACCAAGAGUGCAGACUGAAGCGUCUCUCCUCCCACACUUAAUGUAUGCAGCAUGAGCUCUGACUGCUAGAAUAAACGCCGCACAAAAUGGAGUAACAGUCCGUCGACGCUGGCUGAAUUACUGGAAUAUCAUCCGUGAAAGAUUAUUUACUUUUGGACAGAUUCAGCAUCAAAUCUUCAAAAAUGGAAGACAGAAUAUUUUCAGUUCCUUUCUUUGCGUUUUUCGUUUCUCUUUUUCUGUUUCCUCUGCAAACCGUCUGUGAGGACCUGAGCUACAAUAUUCCGGAAGAAACGAAGCGCCAGUAUGUGAUUGGAAAUAUAGCCAAGGAUCUCAGGAUGGAUGUUAAACAAUUAUCUGCUCGUAAAGCUCGGAUAGACACGGAGGACAGCAGCAAACGGUUUUGUGAUAUUAAUCUGCAUACUGGUGAUUUAAUCGUGGCAGAGACAAUAGACCGAGAGGAGCUUUGUGGAUCUCGAAUGUCCUGCAUUCUCAGUUAUGAGCUCGUCCUGGAAAACCCUCUUGAAGUACACCGUAUAAUUCUGCAAAUUCAUGAUAGAAAUGACAACUCACCACGAUUUCCAAUUGAGCGUAUUAAUUUUGAAAUCAGAGAAUCGGCAGUUAAAGGCCAGCGAUUUCGUUUGCACGAGGCUCAUGACUCAGAUAUUGGGCAUAACGCGGUCAAUGGCUAUUCACUGGAGAGAAACGAACAUUUUGUUUUAAAUGUCCACGAUAAUGCAGAUGGAGGGAAAUAUGCUGAACUUGUGUUGGAAAAUGAGUUGGAUCGUGAACAGCAGAAGGAGAUAGACAUGAUUCUCACAGCCACUGAUGGAGGUUCACCGCAGAGGUCUGGCACUGCUGUCAUACACAUCACUGUUCUUGAUGCCAAUGAUAAUGUUCCAGUAUUUAGUCAGCCUGUUUAUAAGGUCACUCUGGCUGAAAAUACACCUUCAGGAACAGAAAUAAUCAGAGUGAGCGCCACAGAUGCUGAUGAAGGUCCAAACGGGGAAGUGACGUAUGAAUUCAGCAGAAUAUCAGAUAAAGCUGAAAAAUUAUUUUCUAUUGAUAAGACAACUGGACAAAUUUUGGUGAUUGGAGAAAUCGAUUAUGAAAGUGAAAAAAACUAUGAAAUGGGAAUUCAUGCUCAGGAUGGCUCUGGACUGGCAUCAACUGCUAAAGUCAUCAUAGAUAUAACUGAUGUUAAUGAUAAUCCACCUAGAAUUAUCCUUAAAUCUUUGAAUAACCCGGUACCUGAAAACUCCGAGCCAGGUACUGAAGUGGGAAUCAUUAAUGUUCAAGACAAAGACUCAGGAGAAAACCGGCAGAUUCGUUGCUCUGUUCAGCAAAAUGUUCCUUUCAAACUGAACCCAUCUGUUAAAAACUAUUUCUCUCUAGUAACUACAAAAGCUCUAGACCGAGAGAAAGAAUCUGAUUACAACAUUACCAUCACAGCCACAGAUGGGGGAUCUCCACCAUUAUCCACCUCCAUGACGAUUCAUUUAUUUGUCUCAGAUGUGAAUGACAAUCCUCCUGUAUUUGAGCAGCAGUCAUACAGUGCUUAUAUAAGUGAAAAUAACAAAGCAGGCACCUCUGUUUGUUCUGUCAGUGCAAAUGACCCAGACUGGAGACAGAACGGGACUGUACUGUACUCUCUGGUACCCAGUGAAGUCAAUGGGGUCCCAGUGUCCUCAUUUCUAUCUGUUAAUGGAGAUACAGGGGUGAUUCAUGCUGUAAGAUCAUUUGACUAUGAGCAGUUCAGAAACUUCAGUGUCAAAGUUGUUGCCAGAGACAAUGGUUCUCCUCCUCUCAGCAGUAUCGUGACUGUGAAAGUCUUCAUAACAGAUGAGAAUGAUAACUCUCCACAGAUAUUAUACCCUGUUCCAGAUGGCAAGUCUUUAAUGACUGAAAUGGUCCCUAAAGCGACUCUCUCAGGCUCUCUGGUCUCCAAGGUGAUCGCUGUAGAUGCUGACUCUGGACAGAACGCAUGGCUGUCCUAUCAGAUCUUGAAAUCUACUGAUCCGGGACUUUUCACCAUUGGUCUCCAUAGUGGAGAGAUCAAAACACAACGAGACAUUUCUGAAUCUGACAAUAUGAAGCAGAAUCUUGUUAUUUCAGUGAAGGAUAAUGGGCAGCCCUCUCUGUCUACAACCUGUGCCGUGAAUUUACUGAUUUCUGACAACCUUUCUGAAGUUCCUGAACUUAAAGAUAUGACUUAUGAGGACAAUAACUCUAAACUGACGUCAUACUUGAUCAUUGCAUUAGUUUCCGUGUGCACCUUCUUCCUGACGUUCAUCAUACUGAUCUUGGCAGUGAAGUUUUGUCACAGGAGAAAGCCCAGACUGUUGUUUGAUGGAGCAGUUGCUGUUCCCAGCACCUAUCUGCCUCCCAACUAUGCAGAGGUGGAUGGAGCAGGAACUCUCCGCAGCUCCUACAAUUAUGAUGCGUAUCUAACCACAGGCUCGCGCACAAGUGACUUUAAAUUUGUGAGAUCGUAUAAUGAAAACACGCUUCCUGCUGGUGGUACUCUGAGAAAGGAAGACAAUAUUCAGUUUGGUUCGAGCAUGAUAACACUAGAUGUUACAGGAAAUGAAGAUGAGGUAAGAGAGUCUUAACUUCUUUGGGCUGUCUUAUAUAAGGUAUACUGUAUAUCCUGGUGUUUCUCUUGAUAAUACAUUUUGUUAUUAUUUUCCAUCAAUAAUAUUAGUUAGUCUAAUAAUUCUAUUGUGGUUGAAACAAAGUUUUUUUUCCAUGGUAAUUCAUGAAAAUUUUACAUCCCAUUACAUAUGGCUAUCAUCUCUCUUGUCUCCUUGCAUUUGAUGUCAGAAUAUAAAACGCUUUUGCCACUGCUAAGAAUGAAAACAA